AUGGCAGGCACAAAACGCAAAGCAACCACCCAAGCAGAACCCCUCUCCUCCCCCUCUCGCCGCCAAUCCGCACGCGCCAAAAAGGUGCAAGUUGUAUACGCCGAAUCCGACGCCGAAGACGUUGCAAGCGAUGAUGAGUUCGACGAAGCGGGCAAUAAAUCACAAUCUGAAUCAGAAGCCGAGUUGGACGAACCUUCGGAGGAUGAACAAGAUUCAGAUGCAGAUAGCGAGGUUGAAGCGAAGAAGAAGGGAAGGGGGAAUAAUAAGGCAAAAGGGACAGGUAAAGGGAAAGCAAAGGAAAGCGGAUUGAAUGGCUGGAAGAAGAUUAUCGGAAGUAAUGGUGUGGAACAGAUGGUGAUUGAUAUACCAGGGAAGAAAGAUCCGGGCGAUACGCCGUAUGCAGAUGGAAGGAUCCAUCCUAAUACACUGGAGUUUCUGAUGGAGUUGAAGAGGAAUAAUAAGAGGGAGUGGUUAAAGUUCCACGAUGCACCGUUUAGACAAGCAGAGAAAGACUUCCAAACCUUCGUCGCAGAAGUCAGCAACAUCAUCUGCAAAAUAGACUCGACCAUCCCAGACCUCCCCGUAAAAGACAUCAUCUACCGUAUCCACCGCGACAUGCGCUUCACCCCCGACCCGACACCAUACAAGCCCUACUUUUCUGUUUCAUGGUCGCGAACCGGCAGGAAAGGUCCAUAUGCGCAUUACUACCUUCAUAUUCAACCUGGCGAGGAGAGUUUCUGCGGCGGAGGAUAUUUCGGCUGUGAUAGCGAAACUCUGGCUUGUAUGCGAGAAGAUAUUGAUACGCAGCCUCAUCAGUUCAAGUCUAUUCUUAUGGGCGAGAAAUUGAGAAAGACAUUCUUCCCGGCUGUGAAGAAGGAUGAGGGGAAGAUUGUGGCUGCGUUUUGCAAUAUGAGUAACAUGAAUGCUUUGAAGAAGAAGCCGAAGGACUUCGCCGCAGAUCAUAAGGAUAUCGAAUUACUGAAGCUGCGGAACUUCAUUUUGAGGAAGAAGAUCUCGGAUAAAGACGUGACGAGUAAAAACUUCCUGAACCUGGUUGGGAAUAUCGCCGAGGGGAUGGAACCAUUUAUCACGUAUUUGAAUAACACCGUCAUGCCGGAUCCUGAUAGCGAUUGA